AUGAUUGCACCGCAGUCGGCAGUUCAUUCUAUGUCUGUGAACUUACUUGGUUCCAACAACAUAUUCAUGGAACAUUCAACAAAUGGUGAUCCAAGAGGUGACAUUAUCGCUCGGGGUAUCGUGACAGAAGAGCGAGCCCGAGUCAUGUAUGAAAGAUUUACCGGUGGGAGCAAAAAUUUCUUGCCUCUGUUUGAUCCUAUCCGUGAUACAUUCGACUCCAUCCGAUCGCGCUCUUUGUUCUGCUUCACAGUCAUCAUAUAUCUCUCCAGUCGAGCAGUCAUGGAUUUACGCAGUGAUACCCAUAUGCAAUGCGUACUGCAGGACGAAGCACAACGACUAGCCGAAGACAGCUUUUUCGAACGCCCAACGAAACUUGAAACAGUUCAAGGAAUGAUUCUCCUUGCCGCUUACUCUGAGAAAACUUGGUUUUCAACCGCACUAAUCCUGCGCACAGCAUUAGAUUCCGGUCUCGAAAAGUCACUGGAUACAUUACUCUCACAGGAAAACGUACCGCGCAGCUCGCUUGCCGCUACUAUGGAUGAUCGUCAACUGGUUUGGCAGACACGGACCUGGCUCAUUACUUUCACCUUGGAACUCGACGUAGCUUCUGGGACCGGCCGCAAAUCGCGUAUCGGGGAGGUGGAUAUCACGAAACUGCGCAAAUUCUUGGACUACCCACUAUCUUUGCCCUGUGAUAUGAGAACAGUCUGCAUCAUCGAAAUACAUCAACUCCGAGGUCACUCCCGUAUCAUCCUCGAGAAUGCAGCAACGGUCCGUGAUAUAGUACUUAAAGAACUCCCUGCUAUUAUGGAACGGUUCUCCUAUUGGUUCACUACUUGGGACGAAAUUCAUCAAAAUAAUGGCUUCCAUGCUGGGGCAUUCCAACGAAGUAGUCUCAAAUUGAUGCUUCUCUACGCCAGAAUAUUUGCAUUAUGUGCCUCUCUGGCAAGGAUACAAAAACUGCAGCCCACUGACUCCAACUCUGAAUCAGAGGUUAUUGGGAAUCUGUGGCAAUCCCUGGUCACAAAUAUUAUGGAUCAGCUGGCAUUUUUGAUUAAUGAGCCAUCCUAUCGGUGCCAGCUACCUUGGGCGCCGACCUACCCAGCUUUGACCAUGGCCUUUGUCACAACUUUUGCACUUCGCAUCGCGCGGUGGCAACCAAAUCUUAUUGAUCAAGACCUUCUUCUUGAGAGAGCAGAGAAAAUGUGCGACUUUUUGAAGCAGCCCCCCUAUCCAGACAUUCACCGCACGGUCUCGAUAUUCGUGAAUUAUGCCCGGGCCCUGAUCGCAAGUCAACGCUCAGGAAGCCAUGAUAGUGACCCACCCAACUUGUCUAGCCAGGGGGAUGCCACUUUGGCCCCCUACCAAGGCCCAGAUAGCCCUACGGAGCAUGCCCCGCAUUUAGUAUCUUUGGAUGGUCCUCGGUACAGGCCUGGCACCGCUGGGCCGAUUGAUAAAGACCCAAACUUGAUGCCGAUGCCAAACAAUGAUGCUGCAGCUGCAGCUGCAGCUGCCAGACCCCCUCUUCCAAGGCUGCCCGACACGAUGGAAGCUCCGAACUGGACCAUGUCUAAUUCCAUCGCGGACUCAUUUGGUCUCUUUGAAGAAGGCCAAAACGAUAUCUUUGACUUCUUACCAAUGAUGCCUUCUUUGCCUCAGUGA